CAAACGCAUCUCUGAGCAAAAAUGACCCUGUUCUCCGUUCUCGCCGUCCCCUCCUUCAAGAACGCAAGUGGCCCCGGAAGCGGCGAGGUGGACUGCGCCGAAGACAUCGAGGGCCAGCCGGCGAAAGCGGCGGAAGCCGAGAUGGAUCCCAGAACCCGGCAGAGCUGCACUGAAGUCCAUGAGCACGAUCAUUCACAAGCUGAAACAUCUUGUGGCGGAGGAGCUGAGCGCCCCAUGGCUCUUAUGCUUCAGACCGUUCUUGAAGAGGCGAGUCAGUACCAUAAUCACACCGGCAACAAUCCAUUAGAUCAAGCACUCCGGAUAAAUUUUAUGUUAUCCACUUCUUUUCUUGUUUAAAGCAGUAUGUUCUGAAGAGACAUAUAAUGACUCGAAGUUAUCUUUGACAGCAGCGAGAUUUUCCUGCAGCAACCACUGGUAGAGGUGCGCCCGAAACAGCCGAAGUUCAUACAGCAAUCAAUAUAAAUUCAGAGGCGGUAUGGUGAACUUUGAAAUAUAUAAGCAACCUAGUUUUUUUGCAAGUUCUCUUUAUCAGCAAUAUGAUAGUUCUCAUAUCUGGUGGUGUAUAAUUUAGCUUUUGACAUUCCAAUUUUUGUAACAAC